UUUAUUAUUCUGUGGGUCCUUUAAAGCGCUUUUUGUAGUCCUUUGGAGUCUGGCCGAUCUUCCGACAGGGAAGCAGUAGUGGUAAAGACAUAUCACAAGUUAAGAGCAUAAUGGCUUCCAUGCUGCUGAACACAAUGAGGAGCUGCACCGUCAGCCCUUCAAUGGCGGUACGAUGUGGUGCACGAUCUCUCAGUACAACAGCACAGCUUCAGGCUCAAGCUCAGACAAAGAGCAAGAAGACACUAGCUAGACCUGGUGUGAAGAACAUUGUUCUGGUGGAUGGAGUUCGAACCCCUUUCCUGAUGUCUGGAACCACGUAUGCUGAUCUAAUGCCCCAUGACCUGGCCAGAGCAGCUCUGCAGGGUCUGCUGAACAGGACAAGUGUACCUAAAGAUGCUGUAGACUACAUCAUAUAUGGAACAGUCAUUCAGGAGGUUAAAACCAGCAAUGUGGCGCGAGAGGCAGCACUGGGGGCAGGCUUCUCUGACAAGACUCCAGCUCACACUGUCACAAUGGCCUGCAUCUCCUCCAACCAGGCAAUGACCUCAGCUGUUGGACUGAUUGCCGCGGGCCAGUGUGAUGUCGUUGUAGCAGGUGGGGUGGAGUUCAUGUCUGACGUUCCGAUCCGUCACAGCCGAAAGAUGAGGAAGACCAUGCUGUCCCUCAACAAGGCAAAAACCCUCGGCCAGAGGCUCAGUUUGAUUGGCAGCAUCCGUUUGGCUCACCUCUCCCCAGAGCUUCCUGCUGUGGCUGAGUUCUCCACAGCAGAAACAAUGGGCCACAGUGCGGAUCGUCUGGCUGCAGCUUUUGCGGUCUCCAGAGUGGAGCAGGAUGAGUUUGCUCUGCGAUCGCACACUCUGGCUAAAAAGGCCCAGGACAAUGGGCUGCUGGGGGAUGUUGUUUCCUUUAAAGUGCCAGGUCGUGAUAUUGUUUCUAAGGACAAUGGCAUACGACCUUCAUCCAUGGAGCAAAUGGCGAAACUAAAGCCCGCCUUUAUUAAACCUCAUGGAACAGUUACUGCUGCCAACUCCUCUUUCCUGACCGACGGUGCCUCGGCUGUGCUCAUCAUGUCUGAAGAGAAAGCUCUGGCCAUGGGUUACAAGCCUAAAGCUUACCUCCGAGAUUUUGUCUACGUGUCUCAAGACCCCAAAGACCAGCUGCUUUUGGGGCCAACAUACGCUACACCUAAAGUGCUGGAACGGGCUGGUUUGUCCAUGAGUGAUAUUGAUGUGUUUGAGUUUCACGAGGCAUUUGCAGGUCAGAUAAUGGCAAAUCUGAAGGCUAUGGACUCUGAUUGGUUUGCUCAAACGUACAUGGGCAGGAAGUCAAAGGUUGGGACUCCUUCAUUGGAAAAGUUUAACUUGUGGGGAGGUUCUCUGUCAUUGGGCCACCCAUUCGGUGCAACCGGCUGCAGGUUGGCUACCACAGUGGCACAUCGCUUGAAGAAGGAAGGAGGACAGUACGGACUUGUGGCAGCUUGUGCUGCAGGAGGACAGGGUCAUGCCAUGGUGAUUGAGGCCUAUCCCCAGUAACCGAUGCUCUUACGUUUUAUCAUCAUGAUAGCUACCUAUACACUCACUAACAUACAGACGAUGCAGUGUAUGUACUGGCUUUGCCUUAAUCAGAUGAUGGUUGGAUACUGCAUGUGGAAGUGUUGGAAGGGUCUUGUGUAAAUUAAACAUUGCUUGGAGGCUGUUAAAUUAUAGCAGAAAGUUGUUAAGGAAUGUUUGCUUUGCUUUGUGGACUUUUCAGCAUGGUCUCCGAGUCUAAUGUCACAUAGCAAAGUUUGAGUGCUCAGUGGAGCCACAUUGAUCCUAAUGUUUAUAUUCGCUGUAAUAUUUUUUCUUAUGAAAAGUCAGAAUUAAAUAAGGUGAUGAUAACCACCAAUACUCA